GCAGCCUAUAGUUGCACUAACCAGCCGAAAGCAUCGCGAUAAAUCAGUGGCAGCACAGAAAAGUUGAGCAAGUUGAGCUAGUCGAACCAGAUUAUGCGCCCUGACGCACCCGUGGAACAGCAGCGAUGGGAGCUUCACAGACGCGCACCGAGAAGUACCAGGAUCUGGCGGAUAAAACUGGAUUUUCACUGGAGCAGAUUGAAAACCUUCACAAAAGAUUCCAGCGGCUGAGUGAUAAUGAAGAGACAAUAAGUAGAGAACAAUUGGACAGCAUACCGUCCCUUGCUAACAACCCAAUCAGAAAGCAAAUUAUUGAAGCAUUCUUCGAUAAAAGGAACCAGCAUCAGAAUGAGGUGGGCUCCUGCGAGGAGAUUGGCUUCGAGCAGUUCCUCAUGGUCAUGUCCCACUUCCGCCCUCCAUCCUUGAAGACAACAGAGGAGGAGAAGGAAGCUAUGAGAAAAGAGAAGCUUCACUUCCUGUUCAACAUGCACGACACAGACAAUGAUGGCACCAUCACUCUGGUGGAGUACAGGAAGGUAGUAGAGGAGCUUCUGUCAAAGAGUGGAGACAUCGAGCAGGAAACUGUCAAGGCGAUAGCAGAUGCCGCCAUGUUGGAAGUGGCGAGCACAAAUGUGCCCCACAUGGCCCCAGAUGAGUUCUAUGAAGGAAUUACGUUUGAGCAUUUUCAACAGAUUUUAAAAGGGCUUGAAAUGGAGACCAGGAUGCACAUUCGCUUUUUGGAUGUAGACACACCAACAUUGCGUUGUGGGAAAUCAAGCUCUUGAAGUUGUUCCUGUAAAGAAAUGUUUAUGUUGCUGCAGUUUUUAGCAGAGUCUCUCCAGUCCUUAAAUGGAAUAAAGCCAAAUACUUGAUGUGCACUAAUAUAUUUCUGGGUGUAGGAAAAUAAUUAUAGACCUAUUACCAUGUAAGAAGAGUUUUAUACGAAUUAGACUGACAAUGUGGUUGAAGUGUUUAUUAAAUUUUAAAGCAGUGUGAUCCUACAAGUAGUAAGUGUCACAUAUUCAAUAUAAAAAUGUGUUUCCCAUAUUUUGCCACACUGCCACUAUUCAUUGUUAUCAAGUUUUAAACUAACACACUACCUCUCCAGCUAUUCUCCAAAACUUCAUCUAACCAGCAUGUAAUGUGAAGGGUGCUUUGUACUUUAAUCAAAAGGUCCAUGUGGUAGAUAAAGUCAGUCAUGCUCAGGGCUGCUCUGGCAUCCAUGGGUCCUCAGUCAGGGCCAACAUCCAAAGAGUGAGACUGCAGGCACAUACCAUUCCUCUGCAGCUCCAGAAUACUUACAGGUUUAAUUUCUGAGCCUGUGAGUCUGUGUAACCAACCACUGCUGUUCUGCCUUUGAAAAUCUACUAUUUUUGACCACUGCCGAGUAAAUCUAACCCUUUCCUUGAGAUACAUUAUUACUGAUUUUGUACUGAAUUGUAUUAAUGAAAGAAAUCAAUUAAAGACCACAUGAUAAAACCAA